AUGGACUCUUCCAGGAACACGGCUGGCAGCAGCAAGCAGGCCAUGGGAACUGAGACACGCGAACAGCUCCUCGACGUCUUCAAGGCCGCGGCACUCUCCGUCACCAAACUCUACAAGACAUCCGCCCUUGCCGAGUCCAGAGCACGCGCCGACGGCUACCAGGAGUGCCUCGAGGACCUGCUCGGCUUCCUUGACAAGGAAAAUAUGGGACUAUGCGAUGGUGAGGGGUGGCAAAUGCGACGGUGGGCGACCGAGCGGCUCGACGGCCGCGACCGCGCUCUCCAAAGUACCGAAAGCGAAGACGAGACGGAAAAGGCGGCCGAACGAACAGCGUCCCCCGAGAUGACGCGGACGAGUGUCGAACCCCCGCAAACAACCACGCGGUCUAAGGGCGACUCCCCGGCGCCGACUGGACAGGCGCGUCUCGACGAGCCAACACACUUUGUUGUGCCCUCGCAGGAGUUUACCUUUCAGUCCACACACUCGUAUCCCAACAUUGCUACCCUCGACCUCUCCGACUCACGACCACAUGACACGCCUACGUUUCCGGCGGGACGAGCGGCCAAGACACGACUAAACGGGCCUGCAUCGGCUCGUCUGCGCACAGCCGGCCACUUGGGACGAGGAGCAGGCGCCAAACGCCGUGUGAACUUUGACGACUUCUUCGGCGGCUGCUUCGGCGGCAAGGAUCCGCUGAACCCCGGCAGCAAACGUGGUAGACACACAUGA